CUUCACAUAUCGCCCUCCCGAGCGUGGCACCACUCGACAGGUCGUCAAGCUGCAGCAACAACUCUCCACACCUUUGCGCAGUCUCAAGCUCGACUGCGCCCAAAGGCAGGCCUCAUGAUAUAAUUGUGCCCGACCGACUUAAUCUCGUGGAUUCGAAGCUGGAAGUGUCGCGCAUCGCGUCCGCAUCUUCCAUUCCACACCGGCCACACGAACCAGGCGACGGAAAUGGUAGAGAAACAGCCGAAGGACCAGGACACGGACCAGGGUAAAUCUACGCGCACUCCAUCCGAGUCGGACGCAUCGACUGCGUCUUCUUCAAGUGAUGGUUCAACAAAGGCAAAACCGGAACUCCAAAAACCCACCAGAAGACGAUCCCGCUUCGUCAGUUGGUUAAUCGGCUCCCAUCCCGAAGAUGUUUCUGAUGGUCGCUUCGAUGGCUUAAUAUAUGAAUCUGUGGAUGAUUAUCAGAUUGGAUAUCCUCGCUGGGCGGCUUUUCAAAAUUCGGACCCUACCUUUCGCGUAUACAAGCGGUUUGGUACACUAAGGAAUCGCCUACUGCUAUAUCGGCAGUUUGAGCUCUGGGAGUUGGAAGAAGAGCUAAGGAGUCUCGACGAGAAAGACCACCAACUCAACAACUUCAAAACACGGUCUUUAAUGAUAGACGGGGCAGACACCGAGUCCAAACGCGUGAAGCUUAUGGAUCAGAUCGAGACAAAGCUUAAGCAAUACGACGAUCUCCUAGAACGAGAAAUAAGAUCAGGUCUAUUGCAUAAGCCAUCACGGCGCGGCUAUCGCAAUCUAGUCAACUACAUCUGGAACAAGAAGCCCGUCGUAAAGGCCGAGACGCAAUUCUUGAAGUACCGCGACGACUUUGUCCAGCUGAGCGAGCGCUCAGAAUCCCCACUGGAGAACCUCAUCGACUACGUUGUUUGCAACUGGAUCCCCACCCGGUGGCUGAGACGGCUUUUCUCCUCGGAUGCGCAAAUCAGCAAAUCGGGUGACAAAUUCACGACGCUUCCCAGCCCACGCAAGGUAUUCGUGCUCGCGCGCCUCAUUGCGACUGCCUUGGCCAUCCUUCUUAUCGGCAUUCCCCUGUCUGUUCUGACGGCGGGAGCUAUCUGUGAGACGACCAAGUUGAUCGUGCUGAUCGUGUCGUUGUUUGUUUUUCCCGCUGUGAUAUCGCUCGCCGCCAGGCCGAGGACGUUGGAAUUGUUUGUCGCUACUGCUACGUAAGUCGUUACGUCCAUCUCUUCCUCUUUCGGAAAUAAGGCUGAGACGAUCCAAUAUAUAGGUACUGCGCGGUCCUAACCACCCUCCUCGCAACGACCUCCACUUUCAGCCUUUCGCAGCUCCAGACGCAAUUGAGUUUU